UUCAACUUCUCCCUCUUUGGUUAAUUUAAAGAUGGGAGUUAUUGCUGAUGUAAAAGACACAUUAUCGAAGGCAGUUUUCACUCCUUCCACUCUACUGUCUGGUCGAGGUGGGCUCCACAUGUGUCAGAUCGUCCUGUGUCUGGUCACCUUCGUCCUGGGCUUGUUCCGAGGAGGGAGCAGCCACACUUACUGGAACUAUGCAAUGUUCACCUGGGCCUUCUGCCCCAUCAUGACCCUCAUCAUCACCAUCAUUGAGAUGUUCAAGCUGGAUAUCCUCCUCAUCCUUUGCAUGGACUGGGCUGACUUCACCACAGGGAUGGCCAUGUCUUCUUCUCUCAUGACAGUCUCUGUCGCUAUUUUCUACGCCAACUUCUACGCCUGUCUGAAAUGCCUGUACGGCCUGAUAGUGAGCGUGUUCGCCAUUGUGUGCGCCGUUUUGUACGUCCUUGAAGUGGUGAAGGACAAACUGCUGGACAGGAAGAAAGGGAGCUACCUGGCUGCUCUGCCUGGCUUCUGGAAGGUUCUGGAGGCAUUUGUGAGCUGCAUGAUUUUCAUUUCUCUGUCUGGUUACAGAGACAAGAUCGCUCUGAUCCUGUGUGUCAUAGCAUAUGCCAUUCCUUUCCCCAUCCUGCCUUUAAUCAUCGCCACCAACAUCCUCAAGAAACUGAAGAAGUGUUUGCCCUUUAACCUGGACAGAUUUGUCUUUAUAUUUCUGGUGAUCUCUGUGAUACUGUAUAUAUUUGCUGCCAUUAUGUAUCCCAUUUUUAUGUUCAAAAACAACCCUCGGCCCCAUGACUGCCCCCCCAGCUACUGUAUCUGGGCCAUUCAGUUUAUGGUCGCUUUUUUGACAUAUGUGAAUCUCAUUCUUUUCACACUGGAUCUCAUUUUUACCCUGCUUGGCAUCUGUGGCUUUAAACGCACUUAAACACAAUGAAGACUUUCCUGUACUCUUCCUAACUGCACAUUUAA